UAAUGUUGACAAAAAAUCGAACACUGGACACAAAUUGCGCCGAAGCAGUCGGUCUUUGGAGAGUUGAUGAUUUAGAGGAGAGGAGUGGCGCGAAGGAUAGAACUGAGUUCCAUUGCACUGAAUGA